AUGGAACGUGAUAUCACCUUUAUCGUUUCAACGUUCGACUCAACCCUCCAAUUUCUAGAUGUAAUAGGCAGCCAUGAGCAAUGGGGUUCAAUCCCGUUUUAUCAGCGAGGGGACUUUUCUAAAGAAAUGCUGAUGGGGCUUCAACAUUCUGAGGAGUACCGCCUUACGGGCCGCAGCAAUGUAAAUGGCCUGCGCAUCUUCAUCGUUGGAAUAGAGUAUCCUGGAGAGUCUACUGAGCCUUGCAAUGGGGAAAUACAUUCCCACUUGCAUGUUGCAGCUGACGGCCGGCACUAUCUGCCCAUCGGAUUUGCCUUUACCCGCGAAAACUGGGCCCCAGCCUCCGUGAAAUCGCAACCUCACCUUCAGAUCCUAGAAGCUAACCUGGGUGAUUUUCUCCAUCUGGAGGCCAUAGUCGCAGACACUCAUGUGGGUAGCCUUCGCCGCGGGGCGGGCGUAGCGCUGAUACGCGGGAUCCGAGAUUACGGUCGCUCCAGACAAGAAAAAGCACUCUUGAGCUUAUACUUGAAAAAGCCGAACGCUGCAAUUGAGAUUCAAAUGCGGCUGUGGAUCAUCUACUCGGCAUGUUUUGAGUGA